GUCCUAGAUAUGUGUAGAACACUCGAGAUAGUCACAGCCUACAUAGCUUGAACAAUCAAAAGGCCUUCUCCCGAUGAACGUCUCUGAUCUCCUCAAUCCUACCGAUGAACCAAAAACGGAUGGCGGGAUUCGUCACCCCGGCAACAACGUCGAAAUCGAUAUGACCAGCAAAAGCUUCAGAGCGACCGUACCUUCACCUUCACCUUCAUCGGAAGACCUAUUCCCAUUCGACGCCGCUCAAGAGGUUUGGCUAGAACAAGUUACCAAUGACCCAGAGCUCCACGGUCGCCUUCCUGCUUUCCUGGAUAGAGAAUCAUCGAUGCGUGUCAACCUCGGUCAGAAAAUCGCCCGGCUCGUAAGGUCUCCUAUCAAAGUCCUACAAGAGAUGGACCUUCGAACAGUUCCUACCAAACGGAGAUACAGGCAUACAGAGACUUUUCGAGAAUACCGUCGACAGCUUCACUCGGCCCCGACUUUCUUGGGUGAUGAGUUUACGGCUGUUUUUCCGCCCUCUACUACAUCUUCUUUAGAUCACACGGCUCGCGGUACCGAUUCGGUCGGUACUGACAUUCAUUCGGCUGGUCCAAGCACGAUCGACAUCGGGUUGUUCAUCCCGGACGCCAAGCAGACGACCAUCAACGGUACUCUCGAGCUGAAAAAACUGAAACGAAAGGACGUUGAAGGGACUCCUCUCGGUCAUCCUCCCGGUGUGGGCGAUCCUCUUUCUCUUAUCCUCAGAAGAGAACUUUCCCCGGCCACGCAGACCUAUAUCAAGCAGGGAUUGGCUCGAGGGAUCUGGUACGGGGCUAUAGAGCAGGAGAUGAUGCGAUCGAACGGGCAUCCUCGCGUCCCACCGGUCCUCGUUGGCUACCUCGUCAAUCAAUUCUUCAUCAGGAUACUCCUGCUCGGAGACACGAUCUACAUUGAAGGAGCUGGAGAUAACUCGAGUCUGAUCAACUUGGAAGAUUACCUCGAAUCGUUCAAAGAUGGGCGUAGUUUCCCUCAUCACCUCUCGACGAGAGAUGGUGCAAGGGCCUUGAUGGAACAUGUCUUGACGGCUUGCAAACUGCUCGAGUCGCAGAACUCAGCGCUCCAGGUCGACUUUGAAAAGUGUACCCCACCUGAUGCCUUACGCGCUACCACCCAAACCGAACGAACCAAGAGCGGCCUCUUCGCAGCCACAGUCGAUCUGUCUGAUGUAACGGGAGACGAUCUCGACAAAGCAGAACACCAUGAGUGUCCACCUUCGCCUCCAGAUCGCGACAUCGUUCCCCCCUCUACUCCCGCUUCCAUCAAACCCAUCGAACCUGAUUCUCCACCUCGAACGUUCACCCAGGCCUGGAUCGCACAUUGCGAACUGACAGGUAUCGGCCCGCCGGAAGAACCCGACCUGGCUGAUUCGUACGAACGGACCGAUUCCGCCUCUACCACUUCCUCGUUCGAUUACAUUGCGGAGGAAGAGGUUUCUGAACACCACGUCAAGGCUUUGGUGAGCAGAUACAAGUUUCGAUGUCUAUCCCGUGACGAUUUCGCCCAGACAUUGCGCAGAAUUACUGUAUAAUGAUAUCAGCUACGAGCUAGCGGUUGUAACGAUUGUCCCGAGCCCGGCAUGUCAGCCU